AUGCCCAUCUCCAAGAAAGCUAGACGUGAGCACAAGAAGGCCGAUGCCGCCGGCACCAGAGCCCCCGUCAAGGCGAACGUAAUCCCUGUCAAGCCCAAGCCGAUGACUUCGAGCUGCGCAUUUUGCCGGAAGGAGGUCGUCAACAAGAACAUCAAGCAGCUUGAGGAGCAUUCGUUGACCCACGACCAGAAGCUCUGGCCCAAGGAGAAGUGCUGGCCUGGCGAGGUCUUUUAA